AUGGCCGUCUUCAAGCUGCAGACGUCCAUCAACGACCCCGCCUUUGCCGACGUCUUCAUCUCCGCCGGCGGCCUCGCCGUCCUGCGCCGCCUCAUCAUGGGCUCGGGCGGCAACACCCUCGCCUACGCGCUGCAGAGCCUGACCCGCCUGCUCGAGGUCGACAUGGGCUGGGAGAUAUUCGAGGGCCCCACCGCCACCGACCUCGUCGAGCGGGCCGUCGAGCUCAUUGUCACGAACCCCCUGGUUAAUAUCCUGAGGGGCGCAAUGUCCAUCCUCGUCGCCCUCGUCGGCCACUCGGAAUCAGACGCCAUCGGCAAGGCCCUCUGCUCCUCCCCCGGCACCUUUGGCUUCCGUGCCCUCAAACCUGCCGUUGCCGUCUACCCGCAAUUCUUCGAGCUCGUCAUCCAGCAGCUGCAGAGCGCCGAUCACGCCCUGUGCGCCAAUGCCCUCAUGCUCAUCAACGCCCUGAUCCGCGACGCCCUCUCCACCAGUGCCGCCGAGGCCAAGGGCAGCGAGGAGUGGGUCAAGCUCGUCAAGCGGCUGCAGGACCUCGGCGUCGUCCAGACCGCCUACAAGCUCAUGCAGAGCUCUGCGCUGCAUGACCUGGCCCUCCCGAUUCUCGAGUUCCAGUCCCUGAGCAAGGUCCUGAUACGAAACUGGCGCGAGGUCAAGGUGGACCUGGAACGGCAAGAUCACAGGCGCGCCUUGAAGGGCAUCCACCUGGCGAGCGCGCCGGAUCGAGCCAGCGUCAACGGAGGGCCCAAGGAGGAGCAGGCCGAGACGGGCAAAAAGGACAGUCGGAAACACAACCCCGAGAAGUGGAGGAGGCUGGGCUUUGAAACCGAGAGCCCCGCGCAAGAGUUUGACGCGACCGGAUGUCUGGGCAUGAUGGACCUGGCAGAGUACGUCCGGAAGCAUGAGGACGGGUUCCAAAAGCUUCUGCUUGAACAGGCCUCCAGGCCCGUGCUGGAGCGCUGCCCGGUGGCUCGGGCUAGCCUGGCCGUGACGACGAUACUGUACGAGCACUUUGAGAUUGACAAGGCGGACCUGGAGGACAUCAAGGGCUACCAGGGCGCCGAGGUCAAGGACCAGGACGAGCUCUUCCGCCCGCUGCUGCUCCAGUGGUCUCGGCUACACACGGCGGGCUUGCUGGGCUUCUUUCGCAUAUGGAAGGCGACGGGCGCCGAGCAGGACGAUUUCGACAAGGUAGCCGAGCUUGUGCGGAUUCUGGUGGCGCAGGUCGUGGGACAGGCGAGCCGGACGCGGAACUUGUUGGAGGUGGAGGACGAGAUACUCGAGUACGACAUUGACCGGCUGCGCGAGGCGCAAAUGGAGCUAUUGGAGCUUGCGUUUGAGGACACUUGGGGCCAACACCUGCACCAAGUGCGGGAAGUGCUGCAGCAGGAGGCGCUGCAGUUUGUCAAGGAGCAAAGGGUGCGGUGCCUGCUACAAGGGUCGUGGUUCACCAAGCCAGCGUCACAGCAGCGAGAGGGCGGCGAGGGUGCGACCCAAGCCCAGCCCGUGGCGACGCGAUGGCGGUUCGCCAAGCUGUCGCACAACCGCCGCCAUCUGCACUACGCCGACUUUGAGGAGGAGAUGGCGCAGGACCCCGGGCUGGACAGUCUGACGGAGCGGGUGGACCUGAGCACCAUCAGCUCGGUCGUGUCCAACGUGUCGGUUCCCCACGACGACGCCAAGAGCACGGCGAGCGGCAGCACAUUGCAAAAGGCGGCGGCGGGCAGCGGGCCCAAGGCGACGACCAAGAUUACGAUAUACAGCUACGCGGACGGGGGCGGCGAGGGGGCGGGCAAGCGAGAGUGCCCGAUCCUGACGCUGUGGCCGGUCAGCCAGAGCCUGGCGUCGGAGUGGCUGGACGGGCUGCUGAUGCUUCUCAGCCAGGCGCCCAUCACGGCGGAGACGAGCAAGCUCAUCAACCUGGUGAGCGGAUACGGGCUGAAGAUGCGGCUCCUCAACGUGAGGAUGGACUCUGCCUUUGACGGCCCGCCGCCGGGGGCUGGGGUGGUGCCGAGCAGGGCGGGACUGGACGAGGACUACUUUUUCGAGGUGUAG